CUUCAACUCACCCCUCCAUAAUAUCUCUUUUCUCACCGCGCCACCCGCGUCCCGAAAAGAUCUUACCAAAAAACGUGACCAGUUAUUAAUUUGAAGACCUCGGCCAUGCCAAUUGAAUCAUGAUUCGAUUUCCGUAUGGCGUGCGCGUUGGAUGAUUUCGGCAACAUGGAGAAUGCCAUCUGAUCCCCACAUUUACAAUAGCCCCGAUUGUCUUGUGGAGGAAUUAGCUCUUCUUAUGGCGACGUCGCCGGGCCUAAUGGGCUCCGCAAGCGUCCAUUGAUGUUUCUGGAACAAAGUAUUAAUACUGCCACAGAUCCCUCUAGAAUCGUGCUCCCGCCUACCUUUGAAGUCUUCAGCUCCUUGCACCUUAUCACCAAUUCCACUUCUCUUUAUACCUCAAUUGAUCAAUCAUGCCUCCAGCUGCCAUCAUAGACGCUGCACCAGCAGCCGCCCCAAAUGGCAAACAGCAAUCCAUUGUAUCCUCGGUCAAAUCAGUCAUUGCCCCGUCGUCCAGCAUAGCCGACAACUCGACGUCAGUGCCCGCGUGGGUCAAGCCAGACCUCACCCGCCUUCUCCGGGUUGAGCAUCUCGAAGGAUCAUUCGCCUCACGAUCGAUAUCUCUCGUCGACCUCCCAGCCGGAGCCGUCUUCGCGCGAAUCACGAACCCCACCCCCGCGACUUGUGCCUACACAUCCGUUCAGGCCUCCAAGGAUCUUCACAUUGAGUUGAACAGUGACUUGGUUUACAUCAACCACUCCUGCAACCCCACAUUGAUAUUCGAUAUGCCGCGAUGGGAGGUCCGAGUGAACCCAGACCGUGCCGAAGGACUGAAGGCCGGCGAGGAAUUGACGUUCUUCUACCCCAGCACAGAGUGGGAUAUGUCACAGCCAUUCGACUGCCGUUGCAAAGAAUCGAACUGCCAGGGUGCUAUAUCAGGGGCAAAGACUAUGCCUGCUGAUGUGCUUAGCAAGUACUGGUUGGCUCCACACAUUGAGUCGUUACUCAAGGAGCAAAGGAGUAUAGAGAGCAACGGAAACGGAUCCAAGAAUAGUGCAUAAGCGGGGUAUGGUUAGGACAAUGUCCGGGUAUAGAGCCAGCGUGGUCCUAUAGAUGUUCUAUUAGCGUUAGAGGAAGCGAUUUGUGCUGCGUAGAAGAAUACAUUAC